AAGAAAGAAACCCCCCUCCCUAGAGAACACGAAAAGAGUAAAAGUAAAAGAGCAAGCUUGAUCUUACCUGUGAUCUAAUUAUAUAUAAGAACUCUCUCUCUCUCUCUCUCUGUUUGAGAGAAGUCACAGUCCCCACUUUUUCCAGACAUGAAGAGACUUGGCAGCUCAGAUUCCUCGGGUGCUCUGAUGUCCAUCUGCCCACCUUCAGAGGAAUUGCAACACAGUCCAAGAAACGGCAACCCCAUCUACAACGGCAGGGACCUGCAGUCCAUGUUGGAGCUGGGCCUCGACGAGGAAGGCUGCGUGGAGGACCAUUCCGCCGGGCACACCGCCGGCGAGAAGAAGAGGAGGCUGAGCAUCGACCAGGUCAAGGCCCUGGAGAAGAACUUCGAGGUCGAGAACAAGCUCGAGCCGGAGCGGAAGGCGAAGCUGGCCCAGGAGCUGGGGCUGCAGCCGCGGCAGGUGGCCGUGUGGUUCCAGAACCGCCGCGCGCGGUGGAAGACGAAGCAGCUGGAGAGGGACUACGGCGUGCUCAAGGCCAACUUCGAUGCCCUCAUGCUCAACUUCGACGCUCUGAAGCACGACAACGACGCCCUUCGCAAGGAGAUACAGGAACUGAAAUCGAAACUCCGCGAAGAAGACAAACCCGAGAGCAACCUUUCCGUCAAAGAAGAGGUCAUAAUGCCCGGCCAGGACUCCGACAAGAUCCGGGCCCCGGAUGACGGGGACGAAGCCAAGGCCUCUCCUCCCCCUCCGAUUGCUGCCCCGCCUUGCGAGCUGAGCUUCAACAACGGCGGGCUCAAGGACGGGUCGUCUGACAGCGACUCGAGCGCUAUCGUGAACGAAGAAAACGCCGCGACCAGCAGCAGCAGCCCGAACCCCGCCGUCCAGAGCCACGGCGGCUUCUUGAAAUUCAUCGGGUCGUCAUCCUCCUCGGCCUCCCCGCCGCCGCAGCCGUCUUCCUUCAGCGGGUGCUUCGGCUUCCAGUUCCAGAGAGUGUACCAGCCUCAGCCUCAGCCUCCUCACCACCACCACCACCACCACCACCAGAGUCAGUACGUGAAGAUGGAGGAGCACAAUUUCCUCGGCGGCGAGGAGGACUGCAACUACUUCUCCGACGAGCAGGCUCCGACGCUGCAAUGGUAUUGCCCCGAUCAGUGGAACUGAUGGAUCCGAACCUUCCUUCGGUCGACGGAACUGCAGAUUAGAGAGAGAGAGAGAGAGACAGAUGGAGGGCGAAAAAAACAGAGGGAAUCCCUAGCGUUGCGUGCUUGGGAAGCGAUACGAAUUUUCGGGUACAUGAUCGCGUGAAUCACUUCGACCUCGCACGACAUGAUACGAUACGACGAGAGUAAGAUCGAGAGAGGGGGUUCGGGUGCGGACCGGGAAUUCAAGUAGUAUGCGGUUCCUUAUUGCAGGGUGGCAUUCCAAGUUAUAGGAUGCAAUUGAGAUUGAAUAUGAUGAUGCGAUUUGCUAAUGUUUUUGUUCGCUCUUGCGACGGAUCGUGAGAACUAAAGCAUGGACAGGCCGGGUCACAUGAAAUUUCUAAACCUUAAGACAAUAUCAAGACGUGAUCAAUUAUAUUCCUGAUCAACCAAUAGGCAGCAAAUCUGACCAAAAAAGAGAAACGAAAUUGGGAAGCAACGAUUGGCUUAUCAUAACGCGAGUUGCCAGUGUCGACUAGUCAAAAUUCGGUGAUUAGAGGUAGGGAAAGCUAUUCGUAACAAAUGCCUUGUGGACCCUUGACAACAAUCCACAGCGAUAGCAAUUAGGGUUGUUGACAAAUGGGACAAGGCGAGAAUGCGGUUCUCGAGAGGCAUUUGGGUUAAAAGCCCACUUGAGAUAAUGCCCAUUUUGACUUAGCCUAUAUCUAUCGAGUUUCAUUGUUUUAUCUUUUGAUGUAUAGGUAUAAACACUUUCUCAAGAGGUCAUUUAUCUUGGUAUUGCUAUCACCUAAGCAUGCUUGAUAUCAAAAUUCGAAUGCUAAAUGAUGUUGUUACGUCAAAAUGCACCUCUUGUAGUUAAUUGCUAAAUCACAUAUAUAAUUAUGUAGUGCUCUCUCCUUAUUCAGCAUGUAAUUUGGUACAAUCUUGACCCCUUCGCCGUUGUAAAAGUCUGCCGUGAGCUUCUCCUUA